UUCCCAUCUGGAGACGGGCGGGGUUAGGACGCAAUCCGCGUCCCGGGGUCUCACCCAAUCCGCUCUCCCGCGUCACUCUGUCGUCCUCUCUUUCUUUGCAUCGACAUCACAAUCACUCCCUUACCAAAUCACGGCAUUGCAGAAGUAGUGAUGAACGGCUCUUCUCCUCCAACAAGAUGCAUGAAUUCUCAACUGUCGAUGGCUUCAUGGACGUGAAUGAAUCCUUGGGUGAAAUGAUAAAAUACAUAGCGAAUGAGCCCUCAGUCGGGCUUUUCUACGUCCAGCAACACACCCAAAACGCCGUCCCCAACCUCAUCCAUAUCAAGGAUAGAAUUGUCGAGAACUCUCGUGAAAUAACCCUGCACACAGAAGACUUGGAAGAUUCUAUUGCAAUGGUGAGGUCGAUGAAGGAUUGUGGCAUAACCAUUGCUGAUGAAAUGAAUAAAGACAUCAAGAGAUCUCUACUCAUGAUGUCAGCAUCUCAACCAAAGAAAGGGUUAAUCCAGAACCCAAGUUUGGGUUUUCAGAUGGGAAGAAGCAGCUCUUGGGGAGCCGCAGGCUUUAGCUUUAAUGCAGGUCGUGCCCAGCAGGAUGGUGGGAGCAGCGGUGGUUAUCUCUCUACAGUUCUAAACUCGGCAAAGCAGAGAGCUGCAUCUCUUAGAUGGUCCCAACUAGAUGCUUCUCCAUUGGGAGACCCAAAGGGUGAGAGGCUCAUUUCAUUUUCUACACCGCCUGUGUCUGUGGUAGCUGCUGAAGUAAUUUCAACUCGUACGGAUAUGGAAGCUGAUGAACUGCCCUUGUCAAGCCAUAUGGUGGAUGAGCAUUUCGAUUUGCCCACUAUCAUUGACGAAAGCUCCUCAGCCCAUGAUCCAUCACCGAUGUUAGAGAAUUAUGAGAAGUAUAGAUCCGAUCAAGAAGCCAAACUGGCGGAAUGGCUGGAAGGGAUUGAAAACCGGAGUGGAUCCGUGGACACAAGUCGGGUCAACGUGAGCUAGCAGUCUGGGGUGGUUUUGCAUGGAUAAUACUGCUCAAACGAUAUAAAAGCUUGUAACUUAUAUUUGUUGAGUAUGAUUAGGGGUGUCUCAGUGACUGCUCUGCUCUUUAUUGGGGGACCAUCUUGUCAAUGGUGAGAUCUGUAAUGAUUUAUGCUCUACAGAGAUGUUGUAUGUAGCACCCUUCUAAUUGCUACUGUGUUCUAUUUCUGAGGUAUUGUACAA